AUGGCUGCCAGACCGGGUUCGGUACUUGCACAAACGACGGUAGCCCGCCGGCAAGCGGUGGUGAUGGCGGAGAUUCCGGGUCAGGGGUCUGCGGCCCUGACAACGGGAACGCCAAGUGCGCCGCGAACGAGUGCUGCUCUGCUGCAGGAGCACUGCAAGGCUCCCGACUGCUUGUUCCAGUACGGCCCGGCAUGCGAUGCCAACAAGAUUCCUCCUGGUCAAAACACCUCUAGCAUCGCCCGCCCCAAGCUCGGCUCAGUCGAAUACGGCGGUCCCGGCGUGUACAGCUGCGUCAAGCCCGGCGAUGUUGCCCUGACUUACGACGACGGCCCGGCUGCGUACACAAACGACCUGUUGGAUCUCCUGAAGAAGUACAACGCCUCGGCUACUUUCAUGAUCACCGGCAACAACAACGCAAAGGGUGAAAUCGACAAUACUACGUUCCCCUGGGCUAACACCAUCAAGUAUGACAACUCUGCUUUUCAGCAAGACUCUGAGGGUUCUUUGGCUAACGUCGAGCGACAGGCGGAUAUUGCCAGCCACACCUGGUCUCACGCCGAUCUGUGCAACAUCACGUCGGUGCAGCGCAAGGAUGAGAUGUACAAGCUGGAGAUGGCUCUCCGUAACAUCAUCGGAGUCUUCCCUACUUACAUGAGACCCCCUUACUCCUCCUGCACCGCCGCCUGCGGCUGCGAACGCGACAUGAAGGCGCUCGGCUACUCCAUCAUCUACUUCGACCUCGACACCGCCGACUAUCUGCACGACAGCGCCACGGAGAUUCAGCAGUCCAAAGACAUUGUCACCCAGGCCAUCGCCGCCAAGCCUGCCGCCAGUGACAACUUCCUCGUCAUUGGCCACGACAUUCACUACCAGACCGUCUACAACCUCACCGAGUUCACGCUCCAAAAGUUCAAGGGCAAGAACAUGGUCACCAUUGGCGAGUGCCUCGGCGAUCCCAAGGCCAACUGGUACCGCACGGAUGCGCGCACCACGCUUGGUUAA